AUGUUCUGCUCGGCAUCCGAUGCAAGAGCUGGAAAUUCCGAUCCCCAUGUCAUUCAUGAAAAGAUUUUGCAAGCUGCGAAGAGGUCAGGCGUCAUAUCCUUAAACGGUCGCGGACUUUCCUACGGUAGCGUGGUCCCACCGGUUAUCUGGUCGCUGAAUAGUACUCCAUCAGAAGGAAAACCUAUCAAUUUCGAAUCAGCCGGUGAUGACGAUGUUAAGUGGUGGGAGGCUGAACCCAUUAUUCGACUCAAUUUGUUUGGUAAUUCAAUCAAAGACUUAUCUGGAGAUGGUAUUGCUCAGCUAGACAGUCUUCAAAGCAUCGACGUAAGUUGGCUAUUUCGAAUUGUAUUUAUGUUUGUUUAA